AUGGAAAAAAUUUUUUAUAAAAAUAAAAUUAUUGAAUUUGAAAAUAAUAAAAAAACUUUUGAAUUAUGGAAAAAAUAUGUAAUAGAUGAAGUAAACAAUGAAAAAAAAAAAAAAAUAAAUAAAAAAAUUAAAUCAAUAAAGAAUUUUGAUAAAUACUUACAUGAAUGGAAGGAAUUAAGAAACACAAUUGAUGAUAGCGAAAAAGAAAAAACAGAAUAUAUUGACAGUAAUUUAACAGAAUGUGAAAACUCUUAUUUUAUAAAAAAUGAAAUAAAUUUAAAAAAAAAAAAAGAAUUAUUAAAAGAAAAUUAUAUAAAUGAAUAUGAAAAAUACAUAGAAAAAUUAAAUAAUGAUAUUGAAAAUUAUUUUGUAGAUAAUAAAAAAGAAUUAUGUGUAAUAUCAUAUGAAAAUUACUUAGAUAGAAAUGUAAAUAUAGGUUAUCUUGAAGAUAUUGAUUUUUUAAAAUACUUUUAUUCUUCUAUAAAUUUAAUUAAGGAAAAUAAAAUUAUUGUGCCAAAGGGUUUUUAUUUAUACGAAUUAAUAUAUCCACAAACAGUUCAUGCAUUUCCAAUUUUAAAUAAGUUUAAUUAUUAUUUUGUUAAGCUAUUUAUAAAUAAUAAAUGGUAUUUAGUAUUUGUAGAGUUAUCUCUACCUUAUAAUAAUAAAAAUGAAAUCAUAUCAUGUUAUUCACUAAAUCAAAAUGAACAAUGGUGCUAUAUUAUUAUGAAAGCUUUAUAUAAAUGUUUUCAAAUUUUAUAUUUUUCUAAUUAUCAGUUUUAUAUUAUUGAAAUGCUUAGUGGUAGAAAACACAUUAAGACUUAUUUUAAUAUUAAUAAAAUAAUUCAUAAUUAUAAAAAAAAUUAUAUUCAAUGCAUCUUAUUGUCUGAGCAUAGCAAAAAUAAUAAUUUAAAUAACUCUAAUAAUGAUACAUCUUCCAAAGAAGAUAUCAAAAAUAAAAAUUGUAAGAAAAAGAAUUAUAACUAUAAUAAAGAAAAUUUAAAUUCUUUUUAUUUCUUAAUAUGCUCUUAUGAAAAAGAAUAUUUAAGAAUAAAAUGUGAAAACAUUAAACCAUAUAAUUUUAUAAAUUUUGCUGAUAAUUUAAUGAAUAAUAAAAAAUGCGACAUAGAAAAAGGAUAUAAAUAUAUAAAUAAUCAGGGAAAUAUUAGAAUUUCCAAUGCAGAAUUAAUACCAAUUCCUAAUUUAUCAAAUCAAAAUAAUGCAGAUGAUAUUUCAGAUACAACUAGAAGCAUUUCAUGUGAAAACAAGAAAGAUGAUGAUACAAAUAAUAAAAUUAUUCACAGUAGAAAAUAUAACAUUACUAUAAAUGAAAAUAUUCAAACAAUCCUUCAAUUAUUUAAAGAAAUAAUAACUUCAGAACAAAAAAAUUCUAAAUAUAUAAAAAAUGAUAAAGAUUGUGAUAAAAAUAGUAAGAAUAUUAACUUUAAACAGAAUAAAAAAAAUAAUAAAGAUAUAUGUAAGUGGCUUAACGAAAAUGAUAUUGAAAAAAUUCUUGAAAAAGUUAAUAUAAAUUAUUCAAGUGACUAUCUAAUAAAAAUAGACAAUUUUUUUUUAAAAAAAAAAAAAAUUCUUUAUUUUAUUGAUAAAAAUAAAUUCAGCACAUUAUCAGUUAGUGAAUUUAUAAAAAAUAAAACGAGUAGAAAUGAUUCAAUUCAUAGAAAUAAUAAGGGUGAUAAAAUUAAAAAAAAAAAUGUAACAAGUAGCAAUAAUUUUAUGCAUUUAAAUAGUUGUCCCUACUUAAUUCUAAUUUGUUCUAUUUCUAUAAAAUCUAAUAAAAAGGAAAUUAAGGAAACUUCAGAUUGUGAAGAAAAUUAUUUACAUAGAGCAUAUAAAAGUAAUGAAUGUGAUAAAAAUAUAAGUAUAUUAAAUGAAAAAAAUAAAAUAAGAAGUAAUAAAUAUAAAAUUAAUGGAGAAUAUAAUGACUUCUGUGAAUUUUAUUUAUCAUUCUUUCCUUACAAAAAAAAGAAAAAAAAAAAAAGGGAAAAGAAAAAGAAACUAAAAAAAAAGAUGCUCAUAUGUUUUAAAGGUGAAAAAAUUAAAGAAAAAUUAUCAGCAAUAAAAUUAAAAAACAAAAAAAAAAAAAAGAGAAAAAAAAAAAAAAUAAUAUUUGCAAAAGAUAUUUUUGAGUGUGAAUGCUUCUUUAAACAAAUAUGUGAAAAUGAAUAUAAAUCGAAUGGGAACUAUUUUUUUUAUUUUAAUAAUUUUAUAUAUGAUUUGUUAAAUAACAAAUAUAAAAAUCAUAUUUUUUCAAAUAAAAUUAGUAAAAAGAGUAUACUUCUUAAAGAAAACAGGGAACACUUCUUUUUUUUAUAUGUUAAAAACUAUUUUUUUAAUAAUUUCUCGAUUGAAUGGAUUAACGAAAAAAACAAUGAAAAAAAAUUGAUCAAUUGCGCUUUCAUGACAAUAGAAGAUUUUCUUCAAAAAAAAGUAAAAAUGGAUAUUAGUUUUUUAAAGAAAAACAUUGUUUUAAAAAAUGAAACCCUAAACAAAGUUUUAUUGAAAUUUACAAUCAAUUUAUCAUUAGAAAAAUAUGCAAAUACAUUUUUUUAUUUGAUUUAUAAAAUUAAUAAUCUAAAAGUUUUACCUUACCUUUAUUUAUAUAUAUGCAACAUCGAAAAAAGUAACACAAAUUAUGAAGCAGAUAUCGAUGAAAAAAAAAAAAAAUCUUAUAAAAACAUAAAAAAUAAUGUGGAAAAUUUUAAUAUUAUAGGAAAAUUUUAUAAAUUUUCAUUUGAAGAAUUAUUUUUAAAAAUUAGCAUACCAGAUAAUAAAAGAGAGUGUAAUUAUUUGAUUUUAAUAGUAUCAAAAAAAUUAGAAAAUAUAAACGAAAAAAAUCUUAAUUUAGAAAUUGCUGUAGCAUUAUUUCCUAAUAAUAAAAUAGAUAUUAAUGAAGAAAAUGUAGAAAAAACAAAAAAUUAUAUAAAAAUUAAUGAGUUAUUAUCCUUCUAUAAAAAUUAUACUUUUAAUAGUAAUAUAAUAAAUGAAAAUGGCAUAAUAAAUAUAAAUGAUAAUUCUUUAAAUGAACUUUCAACAGAAUUAAAAAAAAAUAAUAAUGAAGAAAAUAAUAAUUAUGAAAUCAAAGAAGAAAGCAUCUGUAUCAACAAAAAAUGUAGUACUGACAAAAAUACUAAAGAAAUUGUAAAUGAUAUAAAAUUUAAAAACAAAUUGUGUAAAAAUAUAAUAAAAAAGGAUGACGAAGAUCAAUUUAGAAGGCACUUACUAAAUAAUAAUAAUAAUAGCUUUAAAAUAAUUAAAAAGAUAGUUAUAAAUAGUAAAAAUAAUUUUAUUUAUGGUAGUAUCUUUGUAAAAUUAAAAAAUUAUCAUUUAUUCAAAAAUAUGAAGGUAAAAAUUAUAAAAGUUAAAAAAAAUAAAAUUAAUGAUGAAGAAUAUGCAGAUUUAGAUUUCAUCUUAAAAAAAUGGGAGAGAAAAACCAUAUUAAAAAAAAUUAAAGCAAAGAGUGCUUUUUUUAAGCAUAUGAAACUUUUAACAAAUGAAUCGUAUUUUAUAUAUAUUGAAAUAAAAAGAGAUAUAAAUUUAGAAGACUUAAAACGAAAUCACAAUAAUGUUAAUCUUAGUAAAAAUCACAAUUUUUGUCUUAAAUCAUUAAAUUCAAAAAUGAAUAAUUUUUCAGAUAUAAUUUUAAGUAUAUUUUUAAAUUUUUCUGAUGAAAUAUCCUUAGUAAGUGAUACGUCAAAUGAAGAACUUGAAAAGGAAAUGAAAAAAUAUCUUGAAUUUAACAAAAUUAAUAUAGAAGAGGUGAAAAAGUCGUUUUUAGAUAAGAGAAUAGAUAAUAUUUUUGAUUUAAAAAAUGAUUUAUUACUAAAUUUUAAAAAAGAUUAUAAAAAUAUUUUUAUUAGUUUAUUACAUGAAAAAGAACAAAAAAUGACAAGUAAAGAUAAAUGUAAUAGCAAUACACUUAAUAACUCUUAUGAUGAUGGCAAUUAUGAUAAUAAUUAUAUUAAUAAUAAUAGUUAUGGUAAUAAUGAGAAUAAUAAUCAAAUUAACAAGAAACUAAAUGAAACCAAUAAAGAGUAUGAUUAUGAUAAUAAAAAUGAUGGUAAGAACAAUAACAUAAACGAUAAUAAAUAUAACUUUUUACAUAAUAUAAAUAGUAAACAAUUUACAAAUGAUGAAGAAAAAACUUUAUGUAAGGAAGAUUUUUAUAAUAUCUUGUCACACACUUUGAAUUUUGAUAAAGAAUCAUUUGAUUAUUUAUUUUUAAAAUAUUUCGGAGAAAAUAAUAAUAAAAUAAAUAUGAACAAGUUCAUAGAAAUUUUUGAAAGUUUGCAAAAAGAACAUAAUUAUUUAAAAUUAGAAAAAUUUGAAAAUUUUGAAAAAUACCCAAUAACACUAUUUCCUGAUGAUAAAUUUAAUAAUGAAAAUGAAGAAAAAUCUAGUAAAGUAAAUAAUUCAGUAGUAAAAGAUUUUAAUUUAUCUUUUGAAAAUUUAUUUUCUUAUCCAGAUAUUAAUCAGAAAAUAAUUGAUGACACUAUAUAUGAUUUCAAUUUAAAGAAUAAUAUUGAUAUUUUAAAAAUGAAAAUGGAUGCCGAAUUACAACUAUCAGAAAAAUCUAUUAGCCUUCUCAAUAACACAAAUAAUUUUACUGAUAUAAUUAAAAAUAAUUAUUUUUUUUUAGAGAAAAUAAAAAAAAAAAAAGAGAAUGCUAAUUUGAAGUCAGGAGUAAAAAAUAUAAUAAAUGAUAAUAAUAAAAAAAUUAAUGCUUCUUCUAAAAAAGAAGGCAUAAAUUUUAAUUCUCGAAAUGCAAAUAUUUUAGAAAAAGAAGAAGAAUUAAAUUUAUGCAAAAGUGUUGAGAUAGAGUCAUCUAUUACAAAUGUACAGGAUUUGAUAAAUAUAGUAAAAAAAAAUGAUAAAUCUCUAGAAUUAUGCGAUAUUAAAAAUAUAAAAAUGAAUAUAAGUAAGACUAUGAAAGAAAGAAAAUUAUUUAUUGAAAGUAUAAAAAAUUCUAUUAAGGUCAAAAAAUUUAAAAAUUUGACCUCGCAAGAAUUAAAAGACUUAUAUAAGAAAGCACUGGAAUUAAACUUAGAAAUUUAUAACUCUGAUUUAAUAGCAAUUAUAAAAAAUCAAUAUUUUGCAUUAGAUAUAUUAAAUAAUAUAAAAUGCUUAUUUAAGCACAAUGAAUUAAAAAAAAAAAAUACAAGUAAUGAAAUUAAUACAGAAGAAAUUCUAACAGAUAGAAAUUUAUUUCUAGAAUUAUUUCAAAAAUAUUCUAAUAUAAUUAAGAAUCAUGAAAUCCAAUUAAAUGAUUAUUACAAAAACAUUUUUAAAGAUUCGCAACAAAUAUUUAAUAAAAUAAUGGACAAUUCAACAUUAAAAUGUGCAAAUGGAUAA